CCGCUGUUCUCAUUGCAACUUUUGCAGGGUCUCUACAGUCAUGUUAUACUCUAGCUCAAGUCAACCUGCAAUUUGGCUCAACAUUUGAGCUAAAAACAAUUCACAAUCCGCGGGGUUGUGUUGCAGAAAUCUUCCUUUAUAAUUUUCCCGUGGACUGAGCACGAAUUUGGAACCCUGGAUGGGAUUUUAGACAUGUUUUCUCACUAAUAAACUGGGCUAGUAAUGCAGGAGACAGAGACUCUGUCAGUGGCUCAAGAUGGCAGAUUUUUAUUGAGUUCUGAACAGAUAUCUUGCUUUAUUUUCUGCCAUGAAUAACAGAAGUCCUUGCACCGAUGGCCCCUGUGUACGAAGGUAUGGCCUCGCAAGUGCAAGUCUUGUCCCCUCAAUCUCUCCAGUCAAGUGCCUUCUUUAGCGUGAAGAAGCUGAAGGUGGAGCAGAGUUCAUACUGGGAUAUGACAGGGUACGGCACACACAGCAAAGUCGUCUACAACCAGAACAGCAAGCAGCAAUUGUCCCAAGCCACCUCUCUGGGAAUCAAUUCCUCUCUGCCCUACGAGCAGCCUGCGCUCAUCUUCCCGGCGAGUGCAGGGAAAAUUGUGGUUGCCUCGGCCAGCAGUACCUCAGGCACUGCAGGGCCUCUGGGGCCUCUGUUGAGCUUGGGCGGUAGCGGUAGCGGCGGUGGAAGCAGUAGCAGUAGCGGAGGAGGAAGCGGUGGAGCAGUCCACAACUUGACCCGUCGCAGCACCGUCAGCCUGCUGGACACCUACCAGCGAUGCGGGCUUAAGCGCAAGAGUGAGGAGCUCGACAACAGCAACAGCAGCGUGACGAUCAUCGAGGAACACGGCGGCAGCACAACGAUGAUCCAGAACGCAGCCAGCGGGGCCACAGUGGCUAUCGCCACGGCAACGGCCACAUCGACAGCCACUUCCAAGAACAGUGGUUCCAACAAUGAAGGGGACUACCAGUUGGUGCAGCACGAGGUGGUCUGCUCCAUGACCAACACCUACGAGGUGCUAGAGUUCUUGGGCAGAGGCACCUUUGGCCAAGUGGUCAAGUGCUGGAAGAGGGGCACCAACGAGAUUGUGGCCAUCAAGAUCCUGAAGAACCACCCAUCGUACGCGCGCCAGGGCCAGAUCGAGGUGAGCAUCCUGGCCCGGUUGAGCACAGAGAGUGCAGACGACUUCAACUUUGUGCGUGCCUACGAGUGCUUCCAGCACAAGAACCACACGUGCCUGGUGUUCGAGAUGCUGGAGCAGAACCUGUACGACUUCCUCAAGCAGAACAAGUUCAGUCCACUGCCGUUGAAGUACAUUAGGCCAGUCUUACAGCAGGUGGCCACAGCCCUGAUGAAACUCAAGAGCCUGGGCCUGAUCCACGCUGACCUGAAGCCAGAGAACAUCAUGUUGGUGGACCCCUCCAGGCAGCCCUACCGAGUCAAGGUCAUUGACUUUGGCUCGGCCAGCCACGUGUCCAAAGCCGUGUGCUCCACCUACCUGCAGUCCAGAUACUACAGAGCUCCGGAGAUCAUCCUGGGCCUGCCCUUCUGUGAGGCCAUCGACAUGUGGUCCCUGGGCUGUGUCAUCGCUGAGCUCUUCCUAGGCUGGCCCCUCUACCCAGGGGCCUCCGAGUAUGACCAGAUCCGAUACAUCUCUCAGACACAGGGGCUGCCUGCGGAGUACCUCCUGAGUGCAGGGACUAAGACUACCAGAUUCUUCAACAGAGACACAGACUCCACCAACUACCCCCUGUGGAGGCUGAAGACACCAGAGGACCAUGAGGGAGAGACGGUGAUCAAGUCCAAGGAGGCCCGGAAGUACAUCUUUAACUGCCUGGAUGAUAUGGCUCAGGUUCAGAGCACUGUGAAUAUGACAUCAGAUUUGGAGGGCAGUGACAUGCUGGCGGAGAAGGCAGACCGUAGAGAGUUCAUCGACUUGUUGACCAAGAUGCUUACGAUCGACGCGGACAAACGGAUCACCCCCAUCGAGACCCUCAAUCACCCAUUCGUAACCAUGACCCACCUCCUUGACUUCCCCCACAGCACACAUGUCAAGUCCUGCUUCCAGAACAUGGACAUCUGUAAGCGUCGUGUGGGCAUGUAUGACACAGUCAACCAGAGCAAGACCCCUUUCAUCACCCACGUGGCCCCCAGCACCUCUACCAACCUUACCAUGACCUUCAACAACCAGCUCAACACUGUGCACAACCAGGCCACCAACCUGGCUCCCUCCACCACCAGUACCACCCUUUCCCUUGGCAACCCCGAUGUCUCCAUAUUAAACUACCGAUCUGCACUCUACCAGCCCUCAGCGGCCUCCAUGGCUGCCGUGGCACAGAGGAGCAUGCCCCUACAUCCUGUGGCCCCUCAGCUCUGUGCUGCCCGGCCUGACCCCUUCCAGCAGGCCCUCAUCGUCUGCCAACCUGGCUUCCAAGGUAUGCAGGCUUCCCCGUCCAAACACACGGGCUACUCUGUGCGGAUGGAUAACGCCGUUCCCAUAGUGACGCAGGCCCCCGGCACCCAGCCCCUGCAGAUCCAGCCAGGCCUGUUGACACAGCAGGCCUGGCCCAAUGGCACCCAGCAGAUCCUCCUCCCCCCCGCCUGGCAGCAGCUCACCCACACCUCAGUCCAGCACGCCACCGUCAUCCCUGACUCCAUGACGGCCUCCCAGCCCCUGGCUAACUGGAGGAAUUCUCACCCACACGGCGGCCAUUACAAUCCCAUCAUGCAACAGCCGGCGCUGCUGGCUGGCCACGUCACCCUCCCAUCCAACCACAACCAGCCUCUCAAUGUGGGCGUGGCCCAUGUGAUGAGGCAACCGUCAACCAAUAACAACAACUCCUCUUCCAAAAAGAACAAGCAGCAUCAUAUGACUGCCAGGAACGUGUCUGCGUACGAGGUGUCCUCCUCCCAGGCGGUACAAUCACCACAGCGCUCCAAGCGGCUGAAGGAGAACACCCCUCCACGUUGUGCUGUGCUUCAGAACAACGGCCCUUCCUCCAGCUCCAGCUGCGGACCCCCCCUGGGCUGUGGAGGGUGGGGACGGGGCGAGGCAGAGCAGGCCUCUAGCACCACCAGGGAUCAUCAUCAGCACCACAACAGGCAGCGUCAGACCAUCAUCAUCCCUGAUACGCCCAGCCCUGCCGUCAGCAUCAUCACCAUCAGCAGUGACACGGACGAGGAGGAUGAUCACAAGAAUAGCAACACCAACCAUACUAGGUACAGCUCAUUCAGGCAGAGGAAGAACGUCAUCAGCUGUGUCACAGUACACGACUCCCCCGACUCUGACUCAUCCAGUAACAACAGUCCCUAUGCAGUAGAGUCCAGGCAGCCCAACAACAACGGCUACCAUGACUCCAAGACCACCCUGCUGGACAACUACAGCAACGGAAACAACCUUCGCUCCAUCAUCAUCCCCCCUCUGAAGAGCCAGUCCAGCGAGGUGCUGAGCGAGUGUGAGCGCCUGAUGCCAGGUACCUACACAGAUAUCUACACAGAUGCAAUGAAUCAUCAGAAUUCGGCAUACAAGUUCAAAACCUCCAACGGUGCGGGCAUGGUGUCUGGCAACAACCACCUGUCAGGGGGCGUGGCUUACCGACAGCAGCGCUCGGGGCCAAACCCCUUCCAGCAGCAGCAGCCUCUCAAUCUCAGCCAGGUAUGGAGAGAGAGCCAAGCCCAGCAUCACAUGGUAACUGAGCGCAACGGAGGCCACCGGCACCAGCAGGCUUACAUCACCCCAACCAUCGCAGCCCAGGCCCCCUACUCCUUCCAGCACCACAACAGCCCCUCUCACACUGCCAACGUCCACACCCACCUGUCUGCCACCCACCUGGCUGCCACCCACCUGCCCGGCCAGCCCCACCUCUACACCUACACUGCCACGCCCGCAGCACUGGGCUCCACGGGCACUGUGGCCCACCUGGUGGCAACCCCGGGCUCUGCCCGCCACACGGUCCAGCACACCACAUACCACACACCGGGCAUUGUUCACCAGGUACCCGUCAGCAUGGGGCACCACGUGCUGCCCUCACCCACCCUGCACCACAGCCAGUACCAGGCUCAGUUUGCUCACCAGACGUACAUCAGCGCCUCGCCUGCCUCCACUGUCUACACUGGAUACCCACUGAGCCCCACCAAGGUGAACCAGUACCCUUACCUCUAGAGCCAAGCCAACACACUGGAGACCCAGACCCCCAGAUCCAGAUCCCAGCAAUGCUGCUGCUGCUCACUCCAUGUCCUCCCUCCCCAUCCCCACUCCACAGACAGAGAGAUAGAGAGAGAGAGACAUGCAAUCUUCAUAAAACUGUCACGUUUACUUGAAGACAUAAUGACCGAGAGGAAAAGGUAAAUAAAUAGACAGAAAGGAGAGCUAGAAUUUCUAUUAUUACUUUUAUUUUCCCCAAAUUCUCCAAAAGGGCCAGUUUUGCUUUGUUUUCUCUCUUGGUUAUAUUUCUACUUUCAAAUGAGAGUAAUUUCUCAUUAUCUUACAGCAAGGUCUUCAUAACGGGCCUUUGGGAGAGGUGGAGGCUUUUUGUUCUCCUAAAACAGCUUUUUGUUUGUUUUUGUUUUCCCGUCUUGAAUUGGAAAGGGACUGUUUUAACAAGGGGUCCCUCUCUGAAUGUUGGAAUUCCCCUCAUAAGAAUUCCCAAGAAUUCCCGUGAGGAUUUGGGAAUGAAGGUGAAAUACGGAAACCUGCUGCUCUUCAAAGAAUACAACAAAUAAUGAUGGCCUUGAACUGUCUUAAACAUUUCCAAAUCAUUCAAUGUGUGGGGGAGAGAGAACGAAGCAUCCCUCCACAUCCCACACCCAUCCUUUUCCAAAAGACAACUGGAGUCCGGAGUCUUCUGGAAAUAUAAUCAACAAAAGACAACAAAAAAAAAGAAGGUUUGUUUUUUAGUUCUCACCUUUUUGAGGAGACUUAUGUUUUAGCUAUAGGAGUUGUAGCUGAGCCCUGUUUUUAGAAUGUAGCAGUCUGCACCCAGAUUAUUUUAUGAAUAACUUUUUCUGAUACCAAUAGAAUUGCUUUGUUCCUCUUCUUUCAUUGUGAUUGCACAAAGUGGUUAUAAUAACAUAGGCAUGUACAACGUGAUUGUCUGUGUGUGCGUGUGCUACUGUCAGCCAUGUGUGUGUAGUCCACCUCUUGCACCUUUGUGCUAUAAUACUUGGAAUCCUCCGUAGUCUUAGGUUUGACCAUUGUUCCCUCGUAGUGCCUUACAGAUAUAACCACACAGUUUACUUCGCUGGAACCUUGAGAACCAACAGACUAGCUGGAACUGGUUCCUUUCUUUGACGUCUUAUUGCCGGGGCAGAUUUGAUUUCUCUUCCAGGUGUAGGCUUAGCCCCUAGCUCUGUGUCCUAUCCUUAUGACAUUAUACUACAGCCAUAAGAGGUUAGAGUUCAUAUUUAACUGACCUUUGGCUUUUUUGUAAAGUGUACAUGAGUUUAACUUGCCUGGGGUACUGAACCAAAGUCGUUAGAUCAAUCCUCUUUACAUUGUGUGCUGGAUAUACAUUUUAAUUUGUGUACAGUAUAACUGUAAGUCACCAUGGCUCACAUACAUACAAUGGCUUUAGUUUGAGAUGUGUUACUUUUAUAUCACACAAGGGAGUCGGUGCCCAGGAAUAAUAGAACAGAGAAGUAUCAGCACAAGGAUCCAAUUAGGGGUAAUGGAAAAAGCAAAAAUACAAGAAAGUGACUGUCAAAAACAUUUAUGUGGUGAGUUCAUUUGACACAUCAAUAGUCCAGAGUUCGAGAAAAAAUAGGAAUCUGAGGUUAAACGCUAAGCCAGUAGAAAGGCCUGAUGGGAAGUGGUGGUUGCUAUGGCGGCAAUUUUCAGAAGGCCACCGAGAGAGAACCUGGUUGUUUGCAGUAGGGAAGCAGAGUAUUGAGGACUGUUGAGAGGGGUUGCUCGGUAGGAGUAAGACCUGGGUUCAAAUACUAUUUGAAAUCUUUUAAAUAAUUCUAACGUUUGCUUUAGAAUGCCUGCAGUGCCAGAUGGGCGGCGCUUGCAGUUUUUCAACUAUUGCAUUGCACCAGGCAAACUCAAUCAAGCCCAGCUAAAGUAUUUGAAAUUAUUUUAAAUAGUAUUUCAACCCAGGUCUGGCAGAAGUGAGUGAGUGAGUGAGUGAGUGAAUGACCGACCGAGUGAGUGAGUGAGUGAGUGAGUGA